UGUUGCCUAGCAACCCAAGGUAAAUAAACAUUUCUGAGAUUCCUUCGCCUUGAGAGGAGCGCCUGUAGCUCCUACCUUCACAUAAGCACAAAAGUUUAUGCAGCCUUCAGAACUGCACAAAUUAGAAAAGUCGUCGGGAGGGAAGCCUUCACGCAGACGGCACAUGGCAUAAAAGACGAAGAUAUAAAACUUAUGUGUACAAAUUUGCAUGUUGUUAUACAUAUAUUUUGCUCUGCACUCGUAAAAUUUUACAAUGCAUAGCGUAAUACGUGCAAAAUGCCUCAUCAUUGGUGAUAGUGCUGUUGGGAAAUCAUCAUUGGUGCAGAUGUUUAUGUCAGAUGGUAACCAGUUUCCUAAAAAUUAUAAUAUGACGCUUGGUGUGGAAAUAGUCACAAAGGUGAUCAAUGUUCCUGACACAAACUCUAGUGUUGAGCUUUACCUGUAUGACUGCUCUGGAAAGGAGUUUUACAGAAAUCUUGUGUUAAGAACAAGCAGUCAGCCUUCACUCCUCAUACUUAUGUAUGAUGUCACUUCAGAAGCUUCCUUUACGGCUGCAACAAACUUUUAUGAGCAGAUAAACUUGCAAGGAAAGGGAGAGGCUGUUAAGGGAGUACUUUAUGCCAAUAAAACCGACCUUGUAACAAGACGUCUUAUAAGUCCGAAGGCAGGAAGAGAACUGGCUCAAAAGCUUGGGUUGGUGUACUUGGAAGGAUCAGCAGUUUGUCUAGUCCAACUUGGGAACCGGGAACAACUGGGACACCCACGGCAGAGCAGGGGGGGUUAACUUGACCACGCCAGUGUCCAACAACUCUGCGAUGAGCUGAGGAGGAGCACGGUCAGACCUUGACUGACCCAGGAAGUGCCGAACUAACCGGACUCUGGUGGAUGUGUGGGCCCCUCCAACCUACAGCCUGUUAGACUAAGCUCUCACAAGUCAAGCCUGGCCUCAGGCCGGGCUUGGGGAGUGGAAGAACUCCCAUCAAGCAGGUAUCAAACAGAAAGACAGGAAAGGAAUUGAGGAACCAUUCUACUUCUUGGUUAAUGAAUGGUUCAAGACAUACACAGAUAAAACACAGACAUUCAAGCUCUUGGCAUGAGAAGAUUAGACAUUAUAUGUCUGUAUAUGUAAAUGAAUGAAAUUUGAAUUGCUUCUUGUAAUUUUUCAGUCAUAUGUUAUACCCGUAAUAACUUUCUGCCAUUAACCUCAGCACUACGCCCACUGUUUUUAGACAAUAUCCCACCAGUGCACAGAAAAAAAAUAAGUUAACAAUUUUUUCUGAUUGUUAAAAUGUGUUCCCUGAUCAUGGGAAAAAUGAUUACAAAAAAAUGCAAAGGACUUAUCGCCACAGUGAAGCCCUGAAGUCAGGCGAUUCAUGAGCAUUCUUUCAACAUCUACCCCAGUGCGGUCUGCCCAGCUCGGCAACAAUCAUGUGGUCUCGUGCAACUGAUGGUAGGAAACUUAUGACUUCAUUCAUCAGUGAGAUUGUCCAUAAUUUGGAAAUAUACAUCAGUGUCCAGUUUGACAUCACAGAGUGAGGGUGCUUAUAUCUCUGCUCUGAAGACCGCAGAGUGCCAUCACAGAAAGAUGUAACUAGUCAGUAUAUCAUAGUACCUUUGACCAAUUGUGUAACAAUAUGACUGCAGAUGAAGUAGUUAUAUGUAGAGAGCAUUUGUUGUCUAUUGAAUUUGUCUUCACAGUUUGACUGUCUUGUGGUAUUAGCUAAACUAAUAUCAGUGAUUAUAUUGACUAACCAGCAGUCUAUGGCAGUAGUACUCCAAAAACAUAGGGAUGAAACUUAAGUGGUCAUACCAAACUUGUUAAAUACUUGAAAUAUGGUUUACAGAAUUAAAGAUACAUUCAUUUGAAGAUGGUCAGUAAAAUGUGUGGAAUAUAAUUACAACUUAGUAACUAUUUUUUACUGUAGUGACCUGUAUGCUAAUUGUAGUACUGUAUUUUAAAAUCUAAUAUUCAUACUGCUUAACAUACUUACAUGAUUAUUAUGGAAAUAUAUAAAAUAUAAAUCUGGACUCUGCAUAGA